CUGCGCCCACCGUGAGCCGGCAGCAGACUCUGGGUCUCUAUUUCUGCUCUCAAUCGUAUUCGGUCCGCGAUCAGAGCCGGCCACCCAAUCGCGUGUCACUGGUGCCAUGGAUCGCGCUGCGUGUUUUGUGUGUUUUGCCUUUUGUGUGAUUUCUACGGCUUUGGGGCAGCCGCCGGGGAAUCCCGUCGGAGAGCCGUGCCAACCUGAUAAGUUGACGGUUUACAAAGUGGUGCUGCACACUUUCUGGUCCAGGGACACAUUCCCGAAGCACUAUCCGGAUUGGAGGCCGCCAGCUCAGUGGUCCAAAGUUUUCGGU